UUGGGAGUAAUAAUUUUUUUCUCUCCUCGUCGUCCUCACUGAGCCGCAACAUUUAUAAAAAUACGCGCGCAAACUUUCCUCGGCUCUCAGGGAGCGGAGAUGAAUUACGAAUUCGAGCGAGAGAGCGGUUUUAUCAAUAGUCAGCCGUCGCUUGCUGAGUGCCUGACAUCUUUCCCCCCUGUCGCUGAUUCAUUUCAAAGUUCAUCAAUCAAGAGCUCGACGCUUUCACGCCCGACACUGAUUCCUCCUCCCUUUGAGCAGACCAUUCCCAGCCUGAAUCCGGGCAGCCAUCCGCGGCACGGCCGGCCCAGGCACAGCCCCGACGGAUGCAGCCCGCUGCCCACCGCCUCCUUACCCCCGGAGUACCCCUGGAUGCGGGAGAAGAAAGCCUCCAAGAGGAACCACCUGCCCACGUCCACCAGCACUACCGCCACCAGCAACGUCUCCAAUGGACCCGUGUGCUUCUCUCCGAAAGGCUCGCCUGAUAUCGCGGAGAGCGGCGCAGCAGCUGGAGGAGGAGUAGCCGGAGGUGCGGGCUCCCGUCGGUUGAGGACAGCGUACACCAACACGCAGCUUCUGGAGCUGGAGAAGGAGUUCCACUUCAACAAGUAUCUGUGUCGGCCGAGGCGCGUGGAAAUAGCGGCCUUGCUGGACCUGACGGAGAGGCAAGUCAAAGUGUGGUUCCAAAACCGGCGCAUGAAGCAUAAACGGCAGACGCAGAGCAAAGAGAACCACAACGGCGAGGGGAAAGGACUCGGAGCGGAGGACGGCGUGCACAGCGACGACGAGGACGAGGCCCCCCUGUACGAGCAGAACGGGGCCCUCCUGGAGAGAGAUACCUACCCCUUUCAGAACACCACCCUGGGCCCCGCGCAGCAGCUUCACAAUGGAGACACCAUGAGCUUUGCUGCUGCGCCGCUGAACAGCAAUGACAAAAAUCUGAAACAUUUUCCCAACCCGUCACCCACUGUUCCGGCCUGCGUGUCAACAAUGGGCCCCGGCUCGGCAUCUGGCCCGGACAAUGGCGACAGUCCCUCGGCAUUGGAUGUUUCUUUACACGAUUUUCAAGCUUUCUCCUCGGAUUCCUGCCUGCAGCUCUCCGACGCAGCCUCGCCGAGCUUGUCAGAAUCCCUGGACAGCCCCGUGGACAUUUCCACGGACAGUUUCUAUUUUUUCUCGGAGUCCCUAACUACAAUCGACCUGCAACAUCUGAACUACUAAUCGAAAUCAAUCUAUAACUUUACUUCUUUUUCUUUUAAAAAAAAAUCAGGACAAUAAUGAUCAGGCUAUGAAGGUGUUAACUCUGAUGUUGUUUGUAUAUUCGGCACAUUUAUUCAGUUCAUAUUUGACUUGACGAUUAAUUCAAGGUAAGGAUGAAAUUAAAUCACUGAACUAGAUCUAGUCCAGCGUGGCUUGUAAUUACCAAACUGAUCUCUUGGAAUGGAAAUUAUGAGUGUGUGUGUGAAUAAGUAAACGGUAUUAGGCCUAUGGAACCUGCUCAUUUUUAUUUUUGUAUAGCUUCCAAUGUCUUGGAUAUUUUUGUUAGAAUACAAUUAACUUGCUACAAACCUC